AUGUCCGUGAAAAAUCAGACAGAACACGAGCAGGUGACCAUCGAGUCGUCGUCGUCGUCUAACGUCCUCCUUGCCCACACCAGCAAUACCAGCAAGCCCAGCGACGAGCUGUUGGGCCAGACGUUCGUGGAACUGCACCAGCGUCCCACCAAGAUGGUGGUGAUCCUUACGUUGGCAUCUUCCAUCUCAGGGUUCAUGUUUGGGUACGACACUGGCUACAUCUCGUCUGCUUUGGUGAAUGUUGGAACCGACUUGGGCAAGGUGCUUACGUCCGGUGACAAGGAGUUCAUCACUUCCGCCACCUCGCUAGGCGCCUUGCUUGGAGCCGUGCUUGGAGGUGUUUUGGCCAACUUGAUCGGCAGAAAAACCGUGUUGCUUGGCUCCAACGCGUUCUUCAUCGUGGGAACCGUCGUUCAGUUAGCCGCCCACACCGUGUGGACCAUGAUUGCUGGCAGAUUCGUGUUGGGAUUGGGUGUGGGUAUCGCUUCGUUGAUCGCACCCUUGAUGUUGAGUGAGCUCGCUCCCUCCAAGUACAGAGGAAGAUUGAUCGUUACCAACUGUAUGUUCAUCACUGGAGGCCAGUUGGUGGCGUACUUUAUCAACUGGGGUCUCACCCACGUCCACAAUGGCUGGAGAGUCAGUGUGGGGUUGUGUUUGGUCCCCCCAGUGAUCCAGGUGGUGUUGUUCUGGUUCCUUCCAGACACCCCCAGAUUCUACAUCAUGAACGGCCAGGCUGAAAAGGCCAAGGAGGUGAUGAGAACCAUCCACUCUGGCCCCUCAGAAGCCUACAUUGAAGCCACCAUCGCUGACAUGAUUGCCUCCAACUCGGUUGUUCCAGGUGACGGACCCUUGCAACAGGCCUGGAACUCCAUCAAGAUCAUCCACACCACCCCUGCCAACUUCAGAGCCCUCAUCUUGGCCUGUGGCUUGCAAGGUAUCCAACAGUUCACUGGGUUCAACUCGUUGAUGUACUUCAGUGCCACCAUUUUCCUGACUAUCGGCUUCGACAACGCCACUGCCGUGUCCAUCAUUAUCGCUGCUACCAACUUCGUGUUCACUGGAGUUGCCUUGUGUAUUAUUGACAAGGUCGGUAGAAGAAGAAUCUUGCUCUUUGCCAUUCCAGUCAUGGUGGUCGCCAUGAUCUUGUGUGCCAUUGCCUUCCACUACUUGGGUAUUUCCUUCAGUGAUGGCAACAAGGUGACUGUUGCCACUAAAGGUAUUUCCGGCUGGGGUAUUCUUGUCAUUCUCUCCAUGGUGUUGUUUGUGGCUGGUUACGCCAUUGGUAUUGGUAACAGUGCCUGGACCGGAGUGGAGUUGUUCUCCGAUGUCAACGUCAGAUCCAUCGGUGGUAUGUACGCUGCUGCUACCAACUGGGCUGGAUCAUUGGUCAUCGCAUCUACUUUCUUGACCAUGUUAGAAAACAUUACACCUACAGGAACAUUUGCCUUUUUCGGAGGCUUGUGUCUCAUCUCAUUUUUAUUCGUUUACUUUCUUCUCCCUGAAGUUGCUGGGUUGCGUUUGGAAGAGACUAACCAAUUCUUGUCUAGUGGAUUCAAUGUUAGAGAAGCCUCUGCAUUGUCCAAACAAAGAAAGCGUGAAGCUAAGCUCAAAAACCAACCUGUCUAA